GGACUCGGGCGUCUGGUCGCCUACUGAUUGCGUAGCGGGUGGGGCCGGAAGUGCUGCUCCCGGGUGGGGGCUGUUCAUGGCGGUUUCGGGGUCUCUAACAGUUUGGCAGGUUGAGGUCCAAGAACCUCCCGAAGCGGGGUCAGCGGAGCUUGAGGUUUUUGCUGGUGUGAAAUGACUGAGUACAAACUGGUGGUGGUUGGAGCAGGUGGUGUUGGGAAAAGUGCUUUGACAAUCCAGUUAAUCCAGAACCACUUUGUGGAUGAAUAUGAUCCCACCAUAGAGGAUUCUUACCGAAAACAAGUGGUAAUUGAUGGUGAGACUUGUCUGUUGGACAUACUGGACACAGCUGGACAAGAGGAGUACAGUGCCAUGAGAGACCAAUACAUGAGGACAGGCGAAGGAUUCCUCUGUGUAUUUGCCAUCAACAAUAGCAAAUCAUUUGCAGAUAUUAACCUCUACAGAGAGCAGAUUAAACGAGUGAAAGACUCUGAUGAUGUGCCUAUGGUGCUGGUCGGGAACAAAUGUGACUUGCCAACAAGGACAGUUGACACAAAGCAAGCCCAUGAGCUGGCCAAGAGUUAUGGAAUUCCAUUCAUUGAAACCUCAGCCAAGACCCGACAGGGUGUGGAAGAUGCCUUUUACACACUAGUAAGGGAGAUACGCCAGUACCGAAUGAAAAAGCUCAACAGCAAUGAUGAUGGCACUCAAGGUUGUAUGGGGUUGCCCUGUGUGGUAAUGUAAUAAGACCCUUUAGAAGUCUGUCAUCAGAAAAGAGCCACUUUCAAGCUGCACUGAUGCCCUGGUUCUGACAACCCUGGAGGAGAAGUGUCCCUGCUGCUCUCUGCAUCUCAUUGAAGCUCCUGCUUCCUGCUUCUCUGACUCAAUAGAUGAGCACAGUCAUCUAAUCUGAGACCUCCUCAGAAUAACUACCUCCUCACUCGGCUGUCUGACCAGAGAAAUGCGCCUGUUACUCCCCAGUAAUUUUCUGAUCUGGGUUCUCCUCCUUAGAAACAAACACCCUCUGCCAACCGGGUUUGUCCUCUGAAAAGCAAUUUACACUCUGAUACAGAGAACCAAACUGUAUACAUGCAAUUCUGUUGAUAAGUUUCUUAAGCUCUAAGGUAGCAACUGCUGGGGUUUUUUUGUUUUUUGGUUUUUUUUUUCUCCCUCUCCUAACUGUUGAACUUGGCCUUGUUAGUUUGGGGGGCAAUGUCAUAAAUUACUGUUUUCCUAAGAAUACAACUAUUGUUGUUGAUUGGUUGAUUUGUACUGUGAUGAGCUCUAUUCUAUAAACUGGCAUCUGCUCUGUGUUCAUAAAUGCAAACAUGAAUACUGACUUGAGUCCAUCCUAGUCUUCUCAGCUGCAUGAAAUUAAAUCCAACUUUCACAGCAAAGUGCCUUUUUCCUAAAAGUGGUCUGUAAGCUUCCUUUACAAUUUGUAAGUGGGAUAGACGUUUCAAGAACCAUUAUAUAGGAAAGUGACUAUGAGCCAUCUAUCUUUGAGGGAAAGGUGUAUCCACCCGAUGGCAGAUGCCAUGUCUAUGUACAUGAAGAUAGUUUCCCUGUUUGGGUUCUCCCAAGAGAAAGAUGAUACUGAAACAAUUAUGAGUAAUUUCACUUAAUUUUCAUCUAAUCUUUUUUCUGGUAGAUUACUACCUAUGAAUAUUUCUAAUUUCUUCUAGUUAACUGAUACUCUAGUAUUCAAUGAACUUCCAUUAUAACCAAAUUUGGGUCAUACUAGGAAAUUCCAUCUAUAGUUAGUCAAAUACUAUAAAAAUUGGUAUGUUAUUAUUUUAUAGCUAUGAUCAAUGAUUCUUCCAAACUCAAAUAUAGUUUAUUAGCAGACAGAUUAUAUCUUUGCUGCAAUGUUUCCUCAUGGCAUAGAGAGAGAGAGAGAGGGAGGGAGGGAGGGAGGGAGGGAGGGAGAGAAAGAGAGAGGGGAGUUGCCCUUAGUCCCCUUCUUACUCUCCCCCUUGCCUCAUCCUAUAACAGUUCAGGCAUCCCACAGGGGCUUGAAUAAUUAUUUCAGUUGGAUAAACCAUGGUGCUAAUGGACCAAGGUCAUGGUUUCAAAACUUGAGCAAGCCAGAUAGCAUCACAGAAAAAAUUCACCCAUUUUUGCUCCCUGCCCGUUACUUACAGAUUUUUUCCUGGUGCCUGCUGUUAACGCUACAAGAUAAAAGUGUGGUCCUAUACCAGGACUGGAAACACUUGGUGUGCAGUGGGAUAAGCUUAGAAAUUUUUACAAUUUCAGACCCUUAUUUUUAGCCACAUGGAAACUAAAGCCAGAGUUCAAAGCUCUGUCUCUCUCCCCUUUCGGCUAACUGUUCUUUAAUCUAUAUAGCUUUUUAAAAGUAUUUAAAAUAUGUCAAUAAAUAAGUGUUCCAAAUAACAAAAGCUGAUGCAUUUGUACAAAUCAAGAGGGCUUCUUUGCUGUUUGAGAAAGGAAUGUAAAAUGCCAUUAAUGCUUGGUAUAUAGGGCUUGGUAUUUCCAUUUGCAGGUAAUUCAUUAGUAGGUUUUGUUUUUUGUGAUAAUACUUAAACUCAGCUCAGUAAUUCUGAUGAAAAAGUAAAAUUGAAUACCUUGAUUGAAAAAAUGAAACUAAUUCCAAAAUAGCACUUUCUCUUCUGUUCUUGUAAAACCUAAAAACCUGAAAUCCUCUGGGUUCUUUGUGACAGGACCUUGCUGUGUAGUUCUGGCUGGUAUCAAAACUCUCAGCAGUCAGUCCUCUUGUGUAAACUUGUGCUGGAAUUACAGGCACGAUCCACCGCACCUGGCUGAUCCUUUACUUUCUAAUAUGAAUUUUCAUUGUUAGGCAAAUUCCCCAUCACCAUGGAACUAAUUCAGAAGAGAGAAGAAACAUACACUGUGCUUCUCAGUGCUAAUGCUGGGACCAUUCAAGUGUGGUUUGCAUUCCUAAACACUGCCUUUUAGAGCAUUGCUCUGUCAUCUUUCUGAAGCUGCUGAGGCCAUCACCUCGGGCUUGUUCUGUUUUAAUGUGUCUCUGUGACUGGUGAUGUAUACCUAAAAAGUCUAUUAAACUUAGUGUCCGUUUAGGGAGAAAGUUACUCCUCUUGGCUUCUUUUGACCAUAUUCUUUGUAUGUGUAUGUCUUUAGUUGGUGUCCAGUUUGUUCUGAGCACAGUAAUACAUAUACAAAAGGAGCCAAUUGAGGCUUCAGAUGCUCUUGGUAGCUUAUGUCCCACAGGGUAUAGAUUUUGGUCCAACAGUGACAAACUUAAAAGCUGAGUAGUUGGGGUGGUAUCAAAAAGUGGAUUUAGAAUGUGUGGUUACUAAAGAGAGUUCUGGUUUACCUCAAAAUCGCAAAGCCUCUCUUCCUGAAUUUAAGUGCCUGGCCAGCUGUCACAAAUGAACAUAUUCCUUUAAGGCAGUUAGUUAGUUAUUUUAAGCUUUGUUCACACAUUGGAAAGUAUGAAAAUGAAGUGUUCUAAGAGCUAUGAUACCUAACCUGUGUAAGCCUGUUCAAUGCUGUUUGCUCCAGCACUUAACAGUGUGAGUUGGUAACACAGAACUGUGUUUACCUAGUGUUCCUGUAGGAAUGCUGUGUGUGACGUGUGAUGUGGAUGUGGUUGGUUUUAGUCAGCCACCUGUAGAAUCAGCCUUUUAACUGCUGUGAACUUUCUCAUGACUUGAAUAUGAAGAUAGACAAAAACUUUAUAAGGAGAAAUGUUUGUUUUCCUCAUUCCAGAAUGUGUGAGCUUAGUCUUAUCUUCCUUUGUAUUUAGUCAUAAACUCUUAAGCUGGCAGCUAUAACCAAGGAUCAGAAAAUGGUGCAUUCCGCUUCAUGUAAUUAUCUCUGCUAAUUAUGAGAAGCAGAAUUAAUUAAUUUUGCCUGGGUGGUUUCUAAAAAAGAGAGAGAGAGAGAUGAUAAUUCUUAAACAUUAGACAUUAGUUUUUAUUUUUGCUAUUUCUUUAAGCUGUCUGAUGUGCCACAAAUUUAUUUUAAGGUGUUUGUUUUUUAUAAGAAUUGUUUUAAGAGUGUUCUCAUGAGAUUAGUUGUAGAUAUUUUUAAAAAUACAACUGCGUUUUAAAAGUCUGAGUACUGCUCUAGACAAGUAUUGAACUCUGGAGAGAAGGGAGGUGGUGGAAGCUGUAUGACUUUUGUAUUUCCGUGUUGUCAAAUAAAGGUCAGAACAUCAACUGUGCACACCUGCUGUUCCAAUGAGGACUGUUGGCCUCUGUGGCUCUAAGUAAAGGGGCUCAUAUUUUAAGUUGACUGUUAUGUUGUACAUUAAUCCACUCUAAUUUUUAAAAUCUUGAUUGACUGUUUUCCUUGUUAAAUAAUUUUUAAAAAUAAAAAACUGGAAGUUCUUUGCUUUA